AUGAGUCUGCAGCUGUGUCGGCAAGAGUAUCAGGUGUCUAGACCUAUGGCGGCUCAUUUGAAUAAUUCCCUUACUGGAGCAGGAGGAGAGGGUGCUGGUGGAGGUGAGGAUAGAACGAUGGAGUUUGGAGGGAUGUUGAAUGCUGAGGAUGAUGGCGAUGAUGAGGAUACGGAGCCACGUUAUGUGUUCUCAGUUCCACACUGGGAGACCGUCAAGGCAGGGUUGCUGCCAACGUCCAAGCCAGCAAGGGACGCGUUGAUGGCGACCAUAAUAUUGGCGCUGAUCACGAUCGCAUUGGAGGCUGUGCUGCUGCACCGUCAUAAAGUCAUGACUGUUAGUCUCACUAGUUCAGCUCCUCCUACAGCAAGUUCAGGAGAAGGAAGGAUGUCGUAUGAGAUCUCGUUCUUCCGACCGUUGACUGUUUAUUACUCCAUCUUUAUCUUGGCGGAGAUCUUUGCUGUUGGACUCCUCUGGGACGCCGCGAUACACAAGAACUCGUUACAGCUGGUAGCGUUCACACUAUUCGAAUGGUGCAUGGUCUCCUACUCGGGACUCCAGAUCUGGCAACACGACCAAUUGAUUAAAGAUAUCAGGAUCCCUGCCGAGGUGUUAAAGGGUCUGGGCGACAGGACGACCCAGAUGAUUUUGUUUUCGCAACUCGGAGUCCAGAUUGCGGCCUGUUUAGGGAUAACGCUGUUGACGUGGAGGUUGUAUUCUGAGUUUGGUUGGCUGGUCUUCCAGAAACUUGGCGCGGAUGUUUCUCUGAGAAAAAUGAUGAAGGAGUAUAGGUUGUUGUUUACGCUGCUGAAACUGGACGCAUUCUUCUUUCUCGGGUAUGCGAUUCAAGUCGCAGCAUUGACGGAUAUGCACUGGCAGAAGGGUCUGGCAGAAAUUGCCUUUGCGAUUCCUCUCUCCUGCAUCAUCAUCCUCCUUGGCUUCUGUGCCUUGAGGAAUGAGAAUAAGGUAACGAUGGGAGGGUUCAUUAGUUGUUUGGGGCUCUUGAUUGCCUACAUGAUAUACCGCCUAGUGGCGUUGUACCAGACCUUGACGGGCAAUGCAUCGACGGAUCCGUAUUUUUUUAGCCGCAAGACCAUGACCGUCUUUGCUACGUUGACAUUGUUCGUGACGGUGCUGGCGUUGGUGUAUGCGGUCGUAAUGUUGUACAACUUCAACAAGGGUCUCAAGGAAGCCAUGCAACAGUACCGCGUGAGGAGAUCGGGAACGAUUCGGUCAGUGACUCCGUCGAUUCAUCGGACGUCUGUCAAUGGAGGGUACGGUGUCCCGGCGACAGGUCUUCAGCACUCUCAGCACGGACUUGGUGGGAACACCAUGGCUACGGCUACCGGUGUUCGCGCAAUGGUCAAGGAACAUUUACCUCCGGAUAUCCACGGAGCCAAAAUGAAGAACAAGAUGAAGUAG